UGACCCAAGGGGCUGUCACUCUCCUUUAUAAUCAAUAGAGAAGUGAAACUGCUGCAGUCACUGAGUGAGACACCGAGACCAUCACUCCUUCUACUUCUGCCCUGGGGAUUGUGGAGGAAAGUUCACUGAGCAAAAUGGAUCAUCUGAUGAAGUUGUGGCCAAUCGUUUGGUUCCUGCUCCAGCCCAUAACUGCACAGGAAAUCUUCUCAGUGGCACCCAUGGACGUCUCAAAAGAUACAUUUGAUGACCAGUAUAUUGGGUGCCGGGAUCAAGUGGACCUUCUCAUGGAGGAGAUCCUGAAGACUGAGAAAUCAGAGAAUAAAUUUUUCAGACGAGCUUGGACCGAAGCGGAAAAAAUAUGGAACAUCAAGAAAAAUAAGAUCUGGUCUGAGCUUCCAGAUGGGUUUAGAGAUAACCAUGGGGUCGCCUUGGUGGCUUAUUCUGGAUUUAUUAAAACAUACUUUGAUGAAGCCAUUAUAUCUGCUGGCAGGUCCUACAAUGACUAUAUGCAAAGCUUCAAAUACAAAUCCCUCCAUUUCUACCUGAGUGUGGCGGUGCAGCUGCUGUCUGGGUGCAGAGCCAAGAUGGUUUAUGUUGGGAUAAAAGGGUUAUGGUACCCAACCAACUCUACAUCAGAUGGAGUCAAGUUUGGCCAUUUUGUGACCACCUACUCAGAGAAGGAACAGGCGAUGGACUCUGGCAAUGACACGGUCUUAUAUAUCCAAAGCUGCCAUGGGGUUCAGAUGGAGAUGUUCUCCCAGUUCCCCCAUGAAAGGGCAGUUCUAGUUCCGGGCUACGAGAUCUUCUCAGUUUAUGAGGGAGAACCCAAUGAGUUUGUGUUAAUCAGCACCAAAAAGUCCUGCAGCAAAUUUAAUUGUGCCCUAAUUAGAGGUGAGAGACCCCUGGGGUGCGCCCCCUACUCCGGUGAAACACCCAGGAUCUCCAGGUCUGCAACUCGUGAUUUGCCCUUUAAUCUGAUCAUCACUGCGGUGUCACUGCUGUUGGGCCCCCAACUGCUAAUUAGUCUCUAAUGUAACGACUUCCCACCUCUGAAAUUAACUUUCUCCUUCUGCUUCUCGUGCUCUGGCCCCUCCCUGUUAGAGCUGACGAGGUCGAUAUCAUGUGAUUCUAUAAAGUGUGUGUUUGUUUGUGUCUGUAGGAGCUGCCAUAGAGCUGCAGCCAAACAAGUCUCUAAGGCUCAUAAUUACAAUAUUAGCGAAUGGCAGUGACUCCAUGGAGCAGGGCAUGAUGGGAGAUUGGCUGUUAUGUCAUUAAAGUGAUUUGUAUAAAA